CUAACUGAUAACGCCAAACCCGUAUGAAACAUGACGUCAUCGUCGAUAUCGCCAUUAGUACAAUUUUCUGUCUGGGUGGAGAGUAUUUAGCCGGUAAAAUCUUCCAAAUAUACCAAAAAUGGCUGCCCCAGCACCAGCACCGACAGGACCACCGCAAACAGGAGGCGCAGUACCUAACAAAAAGCUACAACAAACACAAGCACAAGUUAAUGAGGUUGUAGACAUCAUGAGGGUGAAUGUUGACAAAGUGUUGGAAAGAGAUCAGAAGCUAUCUGAACUGGAUGACCGUGCUGAUGCUCUUCAGCAGGGUGCUUCGCACUUUGAGAAGAAUGCUGGUAAAUUGAAGAGGAAGUAUUGGUGGAAGAAUUGUAAGAUGAUGAUUAUUUUAGCUGUAAUUGUUAUUGUAAUCAUUAUCAUCAUUGUAGUCUGGGCGACAGGAGGGAAAUAAGUUGCCAUAGUCACCAACACAUAGAAAUGAGUUUCUGUUGUAGAAGAAUCUAAUCGAAUCAGCAGAUAGAGUGGAGUAAGGGAUCAACUACCAAACAAACUGGAAGUUUAUUCUGAAUCGGAGCGUCAAAUAGGAAACUAUUAUAUCUUGUAUAUUUAUGAAACUUUAUCAAUUAUGCAUAUGUAAAAUAUUAUAGUAAACUGCUGUGUUAACAUAAAGAUUUGAAUAGUACAUUGUACCAACACCUGUAUGUAAAUGUAUGUUAAUUUCCUUCAUGUAUAUUCAUUUGAAUAUCUGGACUAAGAGGUAUUAGAAAGUAGUUACCUUAUUUGAAUUUUUUUUCAAUUAUUAUUUGUAGAAUUAAUGCAGAUUAAUUAAUUUAUGUCAAUUAAAAUCUCAUAAUCCACAUCCAGGAGAAAAGAUUGUCAAUUAAUUGCUUGAAUUAAUUAAUGUUAAUUAAUUUUGAUGAAAAAUUUAUUUAAUAAUUCUUAUUGCAUAUAAUGUGUUCAUUGUUUUUUUUUGUUCCUGUGGUAGUAUUUGGAAACAGUUGUAUGAAAGUAUCACCAAUUUUCAAAGGAUUAAUAUUUUGAUCCGUAUAAACACUGAUUGAUGUUGUACAGAGGUUAGUAUAAUUUUUAUAUACUUUCUCUGUUUUUUCAACAAAAUCAUACCAUGAUUUCGUAUCAGUAUAAGAAAAAUUGAACAAAUUCAUUGUAUAACAAAAAGUUCCAAAAUAAAUUUUUGUUUUUAUCCACACAAAAAAAUUAAAAAAAAAACAAAAUUUUCAAGUAUAUCUCCAGGGUUAAUGGUUUACAAUAUUGUUUGUCUAAAGGUUUGAAACAAGUGGAUACAAGCAACUGUGGGCUUUCAAUUCGAAAUUAAUUGGUGAAAAAACAUUAGUUUUUCAAUUCUUUUCUAAAAAUAGCAAUUGUCAAGUUUGAAGAGAUUCUGAGGAUAUAACUAAAUGUGCAAUUUGGAUGUAAUUUAAAAGUAGAGGAACAAUUAUUUGACAAUCAAAAUGAUGUGGAUCAAUUAGAACAGUGGUUGCGAUUAAGAGUCUAAAAUGUUAGGUCUGGGUUGGAGUCUACUGGUCAUUUGCUUGUGUCUUUGGGCAUGCCACUUAACCUUCAUUAGUCUCUCCACCCAGGAGUACAAGUGGGUGUUAGACUCUCUUCACCCUGGUGCACAAGUGGGUGUCUUCUAGGUUGUGGCAUUGAUUGUAUUUGUACGCAAUGUACUGGGUAUACCUUGCAAUACUCCACAGAAAGUGGAGGGGUUUGCAACUUAGGCAUCUUUACCAAUUUUUGGAUUGAAACACCAAGGGGGUACUAACCAUGCAUGCUUUGAUAAUCUGUUAAUGGCGCUAUAGAUCCAUAACAUUACUGUAUUUUGUUUCAAGGAUUUAUACAAAGGAUGUUAUGCAUUAUUGUAUCAACAAAACCUGUAUGAUCUGUGGUGAUUUAAACAUUACAUUACACACUCCAUGUGUACUGUAUUCCUUAUAUUCUGUAGUAUGUAUGUUGUUGAAUUUUAACAUGCAACCACUAUAUUUAGGGAUUUACCAAAUUUUGCUUAAAAUUUUAAAAGGGCUCAUUGGACAAAAUAUUUGAUAAAUUUACAUAUUGCUAAUUGCACAUGUGUUCUUGUAAAUCCUGAAUACUUUGUAAAGUCUCGCAUAUGAUUUUCAGGGAACAUUUAUCCCCUCCUGUUUCGCUAAGGCAUCAUUUGUUUGUCUAAGAAUACUGGAGCAAUAUAUUAAUAUGUAUUUAUAAACUUACUUGUCUAAAAAUCAGUAGCAGAAUGCAGAGUUUCUGUCUUAGUUCAUUUUACAGAAUGUGUUGAGUAGUUGAUAAUAAAUUAAUACCUACCGUUUAUUGUGAGCAUGACGUUAGGAGACUUGUAGAGAGUCUACAUGAUAUUGGUUAGCGCAAGUGUUAAUUAGAUACUGUAUACACUACAUGUUAAUUUUAGUAUGCACCGCUUAGUUAUAUUUUUACUCUUAUACUUUGUUCUCUGAAUUUGUUUUUUUCCCCCUUCAUCUUUAAUGUAGAUGAUAUUAUAAAUGUGAACUGUGAUUAAUUUUUAAGAAGAGUAUAACCAGGUUUGUGAGAGUUUUGUGACAGGUUUAGUUUCUAGUUAAUGUUCAUAACUGAUAGAAUUAUCGGUUCAACCAUGAGUUGGAUUAUACAUUUACCAGAAUUUAAUAUAUCUACUUAUAAAUAUAGUUUUUAGUUUGUAUGUGAUCUUUAUUGUUGUUUAAAAUGUGGUUGUUGGCAAAAUAUCGUUUGUGCUUGGCUGUACUUGAUGCUGGAUUCCUAACACCUGAUCCUAAACUUGGUUUACAUUGCUCGUAUUGUGAGUGUAACUGUUCCACACUCAAUAUAGACUGGUACUUGUUCCUCAAAUGAGUUACACUCAAACAUAGUAUCUUCCAGGUUGCUUCUAUCACACAUCUCAUGGAUUAAGUUGUGAGUUAAUCAGAAUUACUAGCUAUUUUCCAAGCAUUGUCACAACUUCGAUUAUACCACCGCUUAAUGUACAAUCUUUGCAGACGCUUGUUCUUAACAGGAACCCCACCCCUGGAGGACCUACUGUAUACUUUACUGUUUUUAUUCAAGCACAGCCUCAGUGUAGGCCUACUGAAGCUGUGCUGUACCCCAAUCCUUCCCUCUUGUCUGUUGCUUUUCUGUUGAGCUACAUUUUUUGUGCUUUCAUUGCAGGUAUCAUAGUUGAGGUUCCCAUCUUCACAUAUUUUCUUAUUCAAUUAGAUUCACGUUUAACAAUGUAUGUGUAGUACAUUAUGAGCGGUUGCACCUGUAAACUGCAUCAUUGCAAAGCAUGGGGUUACCCAAUAUAUUUCAUCCUUGUCUCCCAACCCCCCUCCCAUUCCCCCACACACACACUUUUAAUAAUUGAACAUUUUGAAUCUUAAUUAUAUAAUACUGUAUAAAAAAAUGUUUGACUUUUCUCUAGUCUAUGUUGAAUGUCGCAAUCAAGCAUAAUCUUUCCCUGACUAGCCUACUGUGAACUUAAUAUCUGUAAUUAGUAUUUAAUAAGAUUAACAAAUUUCAAUGUUUUCCUAACUUUGCUAAUCAAGUUGUUCUACUGGCAAUCAGCUGUUUUAAUUCUUAAUCACCACCUUCUUUUUUUCCUAAUAUCUUUCCUCAUUUGAUUUCAAUAUUGUCAAGGUUUACUUUAGUGAUUGUACCACCACUUGCCUAACAAUUCACUACACACAAACAUUCCUUUGUUCAUUCCAAGUCAGCAUUUUGUUAUACAUGUGUUUUGUGUAAUUGCAUCUUAUUUCCGACUUAAAUUUUGUAUUAAUUUCUUGCAUACAUAUAUUGUACUUUUAACAUAUAUUUCAUAAAAUUAUUCUGAAGUGUGAUGUAAUCCAAGUACACACGUUUCUGUAAACCACAAAGAUUCUGUCAUCUGCUGUAAGUCAGUUACAGAAGGUUCUGUAACUAGAUUUAAACAGGUUACUGAAGGUUCUGCAAUUUGCUCUAUACCAGUAACAAUAUGUUCUCUUCUACAAACCAGCUACUAAAGAUUCUAUAAUCUGUAAAUCAGUUACAGAGAAUGUUGUUGCUAUUCCUUUUAAGAUGAUUCAGUAUUGUGUUGUAAACUAUGGCUAGUGAAGGCAUGUACAUUUUACUACAAAUUUAUUAGAACCAACAGCUCUGCUUUUAAUGAAAUGUCGCUUGGUAAUAUUUUAGUGUCGUUUUUUCAAGUUAUUUUGCCAGCAUUUUUAGAUCAUUAUCGUUACACUAUAUCCAAUAUUUUACUAUAUUAUAGCUAGCUUACGCAUUUUUUGUGGAUUUCAUCAAAAACCUAUUGUGUACUACGGGUUGUGUACUUAUGGUGUACGCCUCCUGAUUUUACACUUAGCAUUACAGUAUUUAAGUGAUAAACGUUUGAUAGGUGCAUAUGCUUUGUCGUUGAAUAAGUUUGACAAUUUUGUAGAUGAUAUUAUAGAAUAUAGGCUUAAUAAUGUAGUUAACUAGAUAAAACUGUUCUUGAAUGAAACAAAAUAUAUAUUAUAUAUAUAUAUAUACAGUAUAUAUUAUGUACAGUAUAUAUAUUACGAAGCAAUUCAUUGACUUGGUUAUAUAGAGGAAUAUAGUGUUGGAGGUUCCAAGCUAGCAGAACCUGAGAAUGUAUGGACCAUUUUGAUCAUAUAACCUUGACUUGUUUACGAAUUGUGAACGAUAAUGGGAAUUGGUUGUUGUGUAGGCAUGCACAGAUUCUUUGUUUUAUUAUGUUUCUCACAUGAUUUGAGAAUACCUCUUCUUAUAGUGAGUAAUCAGUUAUUGAAUGUACACGGUGCAACUAAACAGUCAACAAAUCGUA